UAUCUUGUUACUUUGUCAUCUCAUUCGCUCGGUGAUCCGGGCAGCGCUGGUGACAAUCAACAAGUCCCCAAGUUUUUGGGUUCCCUUCAGGUUGACUUUCCUACUGGACCAUGUGAGGCGAGACGGAUAAAUAAAAAAAAAUGGCUGACAGGUCGGACUGGGUGGAGAUUAUUGAGCCACGCUCCCAUGAGCGGAUGUACGUAAACCUGACCACAGGGGAAUGUGGUUGGGAGCCCCCUCCGGAUGUGAGCGUGCGACAAUCUGAUGAGAACCAGUGGUGGGAACUGUACGAUCAGCAGAGCGGACGUUUUUACUAUUACAACGCGUUGAGCCACCAGACAGUGUGGCACAGGCCCCAGCAAUGCGACAUUGUGCCCUUGGCCAAAUUACAAGCUGUGAAACGCGCUUCUCAGCCGAGCCUCUGCUCGCUUGCCAGCCAAGAGCGGAUCUCUCAUCGGGGGAGCACGAGUAGCGAGGGGGUCAAUGCUCCCAUCGAGCUCUUUAUGCAAGAUUCUGAGUAUGGUAAAGAUGGGGGCAAGAGACGAGGAGACAGCAUUGAUAGCCGAAAGGAUUCUGCAAGGUGGCAACCUGUUCCUGGAACCAAGGCAGCCAUGCUAGUGAAAGUGAAUAGUCUAAGACAAGUCCCAGUGUCUCCGGCCUGUACACCCCUCCAAAGUGGCAACCAUAAAAAUUCUUUAGGCAGAGUUGCCGGAUACGCCCAUGUUCAGCCCACUUCUAUGCAAGCAAAAUCUGGAGUAGACACAAAACAAUCAAUGCAAAUAAAGAAAACGGACAAUGGUGUAUUCUGUCUCGUCAUGACCAAUGGGGCCACAUGUCAAACCCCGCAGAGAACUCCUACAGGGACGCUGCAGCCCUCCUCCCCCAGGUAUGGCUCCCCACCACCCAUUUAUGAUGAGCCAUCUUUAGAUUCCCCGAUUUACGAUGAACCUCCCUCAGAGAUGGACUUUGAAAGCAUGACUGUACAGUCAAUUUCACCGCCUGUAUCUCCAACCAAUAGUCUACAGAGUCAUUCACAGACUCCAAAACUUCUGCCCUACCCAGGUCAUCCAAGCAAACACAAGAGGAACCCUUCUGCUACGGAAUACAGCCCAGCAGGCAGGGAGUACAUAAAGCACAUGGUCAACGUUGACCAGUCCUCCAAACAGCCUAUUUCUCCCACUGGAUCUCUUGAUGCCCCUCCUAAACAGCAACCUGGUCCUUUGGCCUUAAAAGACAGCUUUAAACAUUCUUGGAGAGUCUUGGAAGCUAAUGUUCUUAAAAACAUGGAGGCUCACCAUAACAGGCAACAUAGUCUUCCUCAAGACUAUCCCACGGUGGUAAGUCAACAGGACUCUGGUUAUUCUACAGGCCCCUCACCCAGCUUGAGAAAACGGAAAGGUAGAAGACAAGGGACUGUUCAGACUCGGCCUGGCUCGGUGGGCAGCAGCAGCGAACUCAAUGCACUAAAUGAAAAACUAAUAGCAGAAAUGCGGUCAGUAGUCUGCAGAACGACUGCAGUAAGGGGCAGCAAGACUAGCCUGGACACGGACAUGAUAGAAAACAUUGCCCCAGACAAUAACAAGGUGCGCUUUCAGACGGACUCCUUAAAACACUCUGUAGGAGUAGGCCGAGGGUCAAGGGACGAACUCACGUCAAGCAGCCGGUCCUUGUAUAGACUUGGACCAGAGGCGAGAGAAUAUAAAGGAGAAGUAACUGGUCAACCAGAAGUGGUACGACAGAAACGGACUUACGAGAAGAUGGACUUCAUGGAGAAGAAGGUCACGAGUCAGAUAAGCUUACUGUCAACGGAAUCGACAAGAACCGUAUCCCAGAGCGGAACUUUGGAGGGGAAUCCUACGUGUGAAAGUAGGGGGCAGACAAACUAUGGAUCUAGCUACCAGUUUCCUUAUACUACCCUGAAGAAACCACUUUCCCAAACCAGCAUGGCCGACUGGGCCUCGAAGAACCUCAAUAUGCACACGCAGGGAAUCUUCCGCAGGAGAAUCUCCAUCUCUAACAUGCUGUCUUGGAAUGGCGGGUCCAUCAAGAAGCCCAUGCUGAUCACUAGCAAUCGAGUCAUCAAGAAAGAGGCCUGUGAGAUGUUCAAGCUGGUCCAGGUUUACAUGGGAGACCGUCAGGGCCGGACAGACCGAAACCAGGUGGCCUUAGUGUUGGUGACUAAGUGUUGGACGGUGCAAGGCUUGCGGGAUGAACUGUACAUGCAGCUGGUGAGACAGACCACCAAUAACAUGACCUACAGAAGCCUGUCUUUAGGGUGGGAACUUAUUGCCAUCAGUUUGGGGUUUUUCUCCCCGUCUCCAAAGUUUCAGUCCUACUUGGAGGGAUACAUCUACAGACAUCUUGAAGAAGCCAGCGAUCAGAACAUUCACCAGCGGAUUCAGGAAGCUCAGGAACUGAAAUUGAAGAAGAACUCGAAAUCACGGAAAAAGAGGAAGCAAAAUGCGGAUGAGGAAGAAGGUCUUCCCAUCAGCACCUAUGCUAAAUAUUGUUACCGCAAACUGCAAAAAGUCGCGGUUACUGGAGGAAAGAAGGGUUUGAGGAAGCCGACACUGGAGGAAAUAGAGCAAGCUCGACAAGCUAUACUCACCCCUUCCCUGUUCGGGAGCUCUCUGGAGGAGAUUAUGGAGAGGCAGCGAGACGUGUAUCCUGACCGGCGGCUGCCUUGGGUGCAGACCCAACUCUCGCUGCAAGUGUUAGCACUGGGAGGGGAAAGAACAGAAGGAAUAUUCAGAGUCCCUGGCGAUAUCGAUGAAGUAAACGCUCUGAAGCUGCAGGUAGAGCAGUGGAGAAUCCCAGACAAUCUGUCUGACCCCACCGUUCCUGCAUCCCUUUUGAAGCUUUGGUAUCGAGAGCUGGAGGAGCCGCUCAUCCCGCAACAAUUCUACAAGCAGUGCAUUAGUAACUAUGAAAACCCCGAUGCAGCAGUGUCCGUUGUGCAGCAGCUUCCUGAACUGAACCGGCUGGUGCUGUGUUACCUCAUCCACUUCCUCCAGAUUUUCUCUCAACCUUCCAAUGUGGGCACAACAAAGAUGGAUGUCAACAAUCUCGCCAUGGUCAUGGCCCCAAACUGUCUCCGUUGUCAGUCAGAUGACCCCAGAAUUAUUUUCGAGAACACCCGAAAGGAGAUGUCUUUUCUGAGGAUGCUGAUUGUCCACCUGGACACGUCUUUUGUUAGGGGUUUGCUGUGAGGGUGAAAAACGUCCGCCUGUUACUUGUAUAUAUCACAAUUGUCUUUUUGUUUUUUUUUUUGUUUUUUUAAGAGAAUAUGGUGCGGUCCCUCCAAGAAGGUUCAUAUAUUUUAGAGCAGUGGACUCCAACCUGCGGACCUCCAGA